AUGUUUAAAAAAGACCUCCAAGCCGCCCCCAAGCAAAAGCUCAAGUCGUCUGUGCAGCGUUCCCUGCGCCAGGCCCUCCUGACCACCUACCCUCUGCUGACGCCUUACAUCGACGAGGUGCUCCCGAAAAAGGCCUCGCUCUCCUCGAUCAAGCUGCCCGACCGCAACACGCUCUACGUCAUUGACACGACGCCCCUCUUUUACAAUCUGCAGGACUCGGGCGAUAUCCUGCCGCACCUGCGUCUCGUGCACCGCUUCCCGCAGUGCUUUCCCUCGGUGCGCAUCGACCGCGGCGCAAUCCGCUUCGUGCUGUCGGGCGCGACGCUGAUGGCGCCGGGGCUGACGUCGGCGGGGGGCAGACUGCCGGCCGAUGGCAGCCCAAAGGGGUUGGAGGAAGGGAAAGAGCUGGAGCAAAAGGUGGACGGGGACGGACGAUGGAGCAGGGAGCUGGUAAAAGGGGAGCCGGUGGUGAUUAUGGCCGAGGGAAAGGAGGAGGCGUGCGCGGUGGGCGUUUUGGUGGAGGGUACGGCAGAGGUCAAGGCAAAGGGCAAGGGGCCGGUCGUGGAGGAGGCUCAUUAUCUGGGCGAUGGGUUGUGGAACUUGGCUCUGGACUAG